AGAAUGAGAGUGUGCGUUAGAGACUGCCACACGGUGGAGCAACGCUUAACCAAACUUUCUCUGCAAUAUUUUACACCCCAUGAACAGAAAAAAAGUUUUGAAUUUCCCAACUAAAUCAUUUGUCAUCUCAAAUCUCCAGUUAGACUCCACCUUUUCUACUCGAUAUUUCCUUUUUUAAAGCAACAAGUUUAUUUUAUUUUACCACAGUAAGAGAAAAACAGAAAUGCCGUCGCCACUUUAGUCGCCGUGGCCACUCGGUGUGCAGCCGCAGUGUCACGAAUUGCCAUGCUCGUGUCCAACGCGAGCCUGAGCGGCUGCGCGGAGUUCAACAGCGCCCUGUGCGCCGGAGCCGGGGAAGGGCACCCGGGGGGCGGUACGCUCCGGACCACCCUCAGCCCGACAGGGCACCUGGUCGUGGCCGUGUGCCUCGGUUUUAUCGGUGCGUUCGGACUGCUGAACAACCUGCUGGUGCUGGUUCUGUUCUGCCGCUACAAGAUGUUGCGGUCCCCUAUUAACCUGCUGCUGAUCAACAUCUCCGUCAGCGACCUGCUGGUGUGCGUGCUUGGGACUCCAUUCAGCUUUGCGGCCAGCACGCAGGGACGCUGGCUCAUAGGAGAGGAGGGGUGCGUGUGGUACGGCUUCGCCAACUCCCUCUGCGGCAUUGUGUCCCUGAUCUCUCUGGCUGUCCUCUCCUAUGAGCGCUACAGCACCAUGAUAACCCCCACUGAGGCUGACUCCUCCAACUACCGCAAAAUUUCCCUGGGCAUCCUUCUGUCUUGGGUCUACUCCCUAUUGUGGACCCUUCCACCACUCUUUGGCUGGAGCCACUAUGGUCCAGAGGGUCCUGGGACCACCUGCUCUGUCGACUGGACAGCCAAGACAGCAAAUAAUAUAUCUUACAUCAUUUGCCUGUUUGUAUUCUGCCUCAUCGGGCCCUUUCUAGUGAUCAUCUUCUGCUAUGGGAAACUUUUGUACGCCAUCAAACAGGUGAGUGGGAUCAAUGCAUCACUGAGCAAGAAGCGUGAGCAGCGUGUCUUGUUCAUGGUGGUGGUCAUGGUGAUCUGUUACCUACUGUGCUGGCUGCCAUAUGGGAUCAUGGCCCUGUUGGCCACCUUCGGGCCGCCUGGCCUUGUCACGCCCGAAGCAAGCAUAAUUCCCUCAGUUUUGGCUAAAACGAGCACAGUCAUCAACCCGGUCAUCUAUGUCUUCAUGAAUAAACAGUUUUACAGAUGUUUCCAAGCCAUCCUGCACUGUGAAGCUCCUCGUGGAGGCUCCAGCUUGAAGACCUCCUCCAAGGCUGCUACCAAGGCUAUGAAGGGGGUAGCAAUGACCGGUCCCCGCCAAACCAACAAUUUGUUAUUUAUGGUUGCCUCUCUGGGUCAACCAGCCAACACAGUGCCCCAGCUGGGCCUGUCCUGUGAACCGACCAUUGACCUCACCAAAGCUCCCUCUUCUGACAACCAACCUGUGAUUGUGGUAUCACUAGUAGCCCAAUUUGAUGGCUGAUAGUCGGCUAUUGCUGUGAAAUGUCCAAGUCCCUUUGCUAAAACUCAUAAAUAAUAAGGGAGGUGGUGCUGCAGAGGCUCUAAGAGGACCAACAUGCCUCUACGGGGGGAUUUAAAGCAGCUCAGUGGCAUCAUCGCUGCCUUGGUUGGUCCUGAUGAUAGACUGGUUAAAAGGGAAACCAAGAAAUACCUCUGGAUAACAUGAGCAAAAAAUCUACAACAGUGAACAUGUAGAACUUUGGACUUGUGUUAAUCUGCAGAAAAUAUGAAAUUUAAAAAAGAUUUUAUGAAGCAUUGUUAUAUUAAAAAGAAUGGGCCUAAUGUGCUUUGAAGAAGAGGAAGAACUCAGUUGUAUGUUUCUAUUGAUUUGUUACUUACAGCAAUUGCAAGAGCAGUAGAAAAACCUGGGUGUUUAUGACCCAAAGUAUUUUAAAGUGUUGCUACUUAUAUGUAAGUCUUUCACAAUAAGUUUGAGGCUAAAAAAAAAAUACUGUAUAAAUUAUUUUAGACCUUUGAUCUUUUAAGCUUUAAUUUGCUGGAAUUUCAUUUUAGGACUUCAACCUGCAUCAAACUGAACCUGGUUCUAAUUAGUGACUUUUCAUUUAUGUAGCACCACUGUUGUAGCAUGAUGAGGACAUUAAAGUUCCUCUGGUGCAACAGGGCUAUUAGUAAUGCAUCCACACUGUGGUAGUAUAUUGCACAUUAAUUGGAGAAAUGGUAGAAUAAGGUUUAGGAAUGACAGGAGGAAUAUUCAUUGGCUCACAUAGUUGUUUUCUAUCCCCAUCGUUUUUUUUUUUUUGGAAUAAAGGUUAUAGUUUGGGUAAGAAUUUGGUGAAAUUCAUUUUUAUAUGAAUGCAUUUAAUUUAAUUUACGCAAAUACAGAUUCAGACUGAGCAAUUCAAAUUCAGUUUCUGACUCCACGUGAUCUUCCCAUUUCAUUUUUUUCAAUAUGUGGAAAGAAAACAUGGAGACAAGUAUGGGCCUGGACACCCAUAUGGGUUGUCAUUGGCUUUUAUUUUAUGCAGACUAUCAUGAUAAUCGUCUUGAUAAAACUGUUGGUUUUACUACAAUUGUAUAGAACAAUUUUAGCAGCAUAUUUAACAUUUUUUAUGAAAAACAAAAAGCCUAAAGACCCACCUAUUUUUUUUAAGCUAAUGAAAAUGAUCUGACCCAGUGGAAAGAGCCAGACAACAGACUAAACCACUGUUAUUACAUUGAAUUCCCUCUGCUUUUUUGCCUAAUGAUAUGAUACUAGUCUCAUAUUCUCCUUAGUCUGCUGGAGUGAACUUAUUAUUUUGUUAAUUCAUGUUAAUGAGCCAGCACACUGUCCUGGGUCAGUCACAGACGGCACAACUCUACAGCAGAAAGGAAGUCUCUCACAUAAAGCAGCAGUUCAUACCACUUUUACAAAACACUGCUGCAUUACUCAGCCUGGGCUUCAUAAGAAGAUCGUCUGAAAAAAGUGUUCCAGUCAGUAAACUUGCUGACAGUUUGACUCACUGAGAAUUUAAGCAGGGUAAGUCAACAUUGUGUGGGAAGUCCCAGGAUAUACAGCGCAGGCAACAUUUGUUAGCACCCCUGGUAAAAAUGUGUAAAAAGCCUUAAUACAAAUUCAUCUUUUGUCUCAGCAGGAUUAUUUCACAUUGGUAAAUAUUGAAAAAAUCAACCUUUAAUUUGAGUACACUUUUUCAGUGUGGGAAGAAUUCAUGGUAAGGAAGGAUUGUUUUCAAUAAAAUAAGGUGCCACAUGUAUUGUACAACCCACCCUUGCCAGCAGGGAUGCCCUUGGUCUUCAUUAACAUGCCACCCUUUUGAAGCAUGCAGAGAGGAUGAUCUUUGACCAUUUUCCUCUACAUAUCUCUUUACAUCACAGUCCCUUCACCAUCUUGGGUGUUUAUUGCUAAAAAGUUAAAUCUUGGUCUUAUCUGACCAAAGCACAGAGUUUCAGGUAAAGUCCCUGAAGAGUUUAUUUGCGUUGGUAGGACAAAAAAAGGCUUUUUUUCUGACAUGACUUUCAAACAAAGAGACAUGUUUUAUCCUCUUGUUUUACUUUGAUGCCCCUAAGGUCCUUAUGUUCUUUUGUUGCUUUUAUUGUGAAAUGUAUUUAAGAUUUGAAUUGUGAUGCUGCGGGCAUGGUUUUAAUUAUUGUUGACAGUCCAUAAAUACAUUAUGGAUCCAGUGUUUGUGUCCUUCCAUGGUUUCCUAGAAUGUAAAUAACCUGGGUGGCUGUGAACAGAUUGCCUUUCAGGGGAUAGUGGAAAGAUAGUUUUCGUUAACCUAAACAACUUUUUGGUAUGUAGCUAGAAAUUAAUGGUUGUUAGGGUAACAUAGUGAACUAAAGAUGCUGAUUCUUACAGUGACCUCUGGAGAUUGUUUUACUUCCCUUACCAUUCUACUCACUGUGCAUUAUGGAGAUAAAUAUAGGUCCUGGUCCACCAUAGCGACCAUGUGGCUAAAACAAAAGGGCCUCUGUGUCACGUCAUAUUAUUGCCCCAAGAAGACAGAAGGUCAUAAAUAACUAAGUGGGAUGUCCUAAAAAUUCUGAUCAACUGACAAACAAUAAAAUAUAAAUGUAAUACCUUGUUACAUUUAUUUUUGGGGGAUUGUUGGGGUGACUGCAUGGUUGCGCAGUUGGUAGAACUGUUGCCUUGCAGCAAAAAGGUCCUAGGUUUGACUCCCGGCCGGGGGUCUUUCUGCAAGGAGUUUGCAUGUUCUCCUUGUGCAUUCGUAGGUUCUCUUCCUUCCAAAGUCCAAAAACAUGACUGUUAGGUUAAUUGGUCUCACUAAAUUGCCCUUAGGUGUGAAUUAGUGUGUGGAUUGUUGUUUGUCCUGUGUAUUUCUGUGUGCCCUGCAAUGCACUGGCGACCUGUCCAAGGUGUAGCCCGCCUCCUGCCCAUAGACAGCUGGAGAUAGGCACCAGUUCCCCCAUUACCCUAUAUGAAAGAAGUUAUAGAAGAUGGAUGGAUGGAUGGAUGGAUGGAUGAAUGAAUCCCCACUUACUAAAUGUACUCAUAUUAGAGAUUGAAUUAUUUUAAAUAAUUCAGUACCAUAUUGUGCUAUAAAAAGUGCAACUCACCAUUAACAAUUACCUAAAGAUUGCAACCACUUUCCAAGAAAAGAUGUGGUGGUCAUUGCUGCUGAAAAACUUAAGUUUAAAACACUGGUUUUAAAGUCUUUCUCAUUGUUAUAUCACCAAAGUAUGGUUAUUGGUCUGUUCAUAUAUUUCCACACUUUUCAAAGCAUCUGCCUGUUUAGUUGUUUUAAAGUCUGACAUAUCUUGCAACUUUGAAUUGAAAGUGAUAACUCCCAUAAAAAAAUACUUUUAUAAAGGAACAAAGUACUUUACCUUAUAAAAUCUUUUUUUCACGGGAUGAGUUUGGUUUGUAUAUAUUGUUUGCCAUGCUAAUAUCAGCAUCUUGUUCAUUCUGUUCCUCCUACAUAAAUACAAUGUGUCAUAGGAGCUGUAAAUGCUAUGCUGCUUUUCACUGUAAGGCAUAGAGUCUGUGCUAUGCUUGUUUUCCGGUGCUUGACUUUUAGCACAAACUGUUGUCAAAUAAUUUGUUUAUUAUUAAUGUACAUUAGUUGAUACCAAAGCAGAGCACAUUUCAAUAUUUUUGGAGAGAUGUUCAAUAAAUCUUUUUUUUUUUAUCUAAAGAAGUGGGAAGUUAUUUAAUUACACCAGAACGUCUGGAGAGUUAAUAUUGUGUUGGAGGCUUCAAGAAGAAAAGGUUGUAUAUGUAAUCUAAAUGCUAACAUAGGAUAUCCAAAGUGCUGUUUCAGGAAGACCACUACAACCUGAUUUGGAAUAAACAAAGAUUUGCAUUUUUAUUUAAAA